AUGAAGCUCCACGCACGUACCGAACAUCUUGACCAUCGGGACCCUAUUGGAGUUGGCAAGACGGCGAUGGCUGUCACCAUGGUGAUGAUGAUCGGCGUGGUCGUGCUGGCUGUUGAGUUCCUGAUCUUGACGCGCGUCGUGACGAUCAGGGGCGUCUCGAGCUCCUGGGCGUUCCAGCUCUUGGGCGCAGGCGUUUCAUUCGUGGCAGCAGUGCAGUACUCGUUUAUCAUCCCGAUGUCCUACGACCUCAGCCGCCAUGCCGGUGGGGGCGCUGCCACAUCUGGCUUCUUCAUCGGCUCGAACGGCCUAGGCCUCUUUGCCGGCAUCUGCGCUUCGCGGCUCGCGUGGCGCAUGAUGUCCCCAAGCCAGAUCCACACUGCCAUCGUCCUCCCGGUGGUGGCCAAUGCCGGGCUCGGUGUGGCGCUCGCUAGCUUGCUUGCCUCUGGCGCCCCAACACAGCUUCAGCUGCUAGGGCUCCGCGUUGCGAUGGGCUUGUUCGAGGGUGUGGGCCAGCUGAUCCAUUUUCUCGUGCGCAAAAUGACCCCUGGGCACGAGCAGGUCCGGGCUGCAGUCAUGGAGUACUCUGCCUACGCCUUGGGCAUGGGCAUAGGUCCCCUGCUUAGUAGCAUGCUCGGGGCUGGGCCCAAAGCACCUUUCCAGCCCAGCGCAGCUGCUCCAGUGUCAGCUGCAGUGGCACUUCUAUGCGUCUGCCUGGCUGCAGUCCUGGUGCUGACAGUCCCAUCUUCGCCGAAGGAGGGCAGGGAGGAGCUGGCUUUGGCGGAGGACGCGCAGGACGCGCUCAACCCCUCCAACCGUGCUGCGAUCGUGUUUCUGUGCUUGAUGACGGUGCUUCUCUGCCUGGGAGUGGCCGCCUCGGUUGAGGUGACCACGGCCCUCCUCCUCGAGGUGGAUGGCGGGUGGCAGUACAACACAAUUGGCACGGGCAUUGGGGCUGUGCUGGCUGCGACCGCAGUGGCCGGGGCUGGCCUGAUGGCUGUGCAGGAAAGGGAGCUCGUGGAUGAGGCUGUGGCUACAUGGAUCAUGCUGAUCGUGGCUGCAGUUGGGGCACUGCUGCUCUUCGGGAGCCAUGGGAUGCCGGCGGCCCUGGCGGCAGAUUUUUUGAUGUAUCCCACGCUCGUCUGCGUCGCGAGCGUGGGGGAAGGCACCGCCAUGCAGGCAAGCAGCUCAACCUCAGUCUUCUCGCAGCCCAACAUCAUCGUGAUGUGCGCAUUUGCUGACGCAGCAGCCAGGGCCUUCUUCACCCCGUUGGGGCGCUACGUCUUCGAUGAAGGCGGCAGGGCGGGCUAUGCGUGCAUGUUGCUGAUGAUCGUGGCAGUUAUUGCGGUGGCUGACGUCCUCGUCAGGCUUUUGCGGGGCAUGGCGUCGCCGAACAUGGACGGCUACGACAAGCUGCAGCUGAAGUUGGGGGGCCGGCAGGAAAAUGGCCCUGACUUCAUCAAGGUGCUAGAUGUCCCCCUGAUCGAGAAGGUGGAAAUCCGGGACUCGGAAUGCGGCAGGGGCCUCUUUGCCACAAGGCCCAUCCGCCAGGGCGAGCUCAUCUACCGGGCGAAGUUUCACUUUCUGCCCGACCUUCCUGGGAAGGUCCUGCUGCGUUAUGGCAGCCAGGAGCAUGAGCUCAGUGUCUUCGAGCAUGCCCCCCUCCAUGGCGCAAACCUUCGCGAGCUGGACGAGGUGGACAGCUUCACGAACCACAGCUGUGAGCCCAACAUCUUCUAUGAAAGCACACGCUUCUUGAACGAGUCCAGCGGGGAGUACGGGGUCUACGCGCUGAAGGACAUCAGCCCGGGCAGUGAGCUCACGGCCGACUACGAGCUCUUUGACUUGGAGACACCCAAGGACCUCACGCCAUGUAGGUGUGGCUCACCCACGUGCCGAGGUGCCGUCCACGGCUCCCAGUUUUGGCCCCUGGAGGUGCUGCUCGAAAGGCUCGCGGAGCUAGAGCCCAUCCCACGAGCCCACCUACUGCAGCAGCACCCGUCGGUGCAGUUCCUCGACUUCGGCAGGAGCAGCAAGGUGGUGGCGGCUGCCCCGGACACGUGCGGCUGGGCCAUCGCGGCCGCCUGCGACUUCGAGCCCGGCGCGGUGAUCUUUGAAGGGCCCAGCUGCAUUGUGGAUUGCCAGAAGAUAUGCCACGUGGUGGUCAACUUGCCGCUGCAGCUCGCCCCACAGUGCUGGCUGCUCUUCGCCAAGGAGGACCUGCUGCGCGCCUCGGCGCCCGUCAGCGGAGGCAUGGACAACGGAGACUGCGGCCACCGUGGAGAACGCCGGUUUUUCGGGUUCGAGCUUGCUGCAAACGGGCACCAGGCAGACGCAGAGAUCCGGAUGAUCUCCCCUGGGGAGGGCCCUGGUGCACCAGAAAUUUUCCAGGUUUGCUCAAAGGCCCGUAUUCGGGCGGGGCAGGCUUUCACUUGCACAGCGCCGUGCUUGCGCUAUCCGUAA